AUGAGAAUCCUCGUCACCGGUGCCGCCGGGGCUGUUGGUACGGCGGUCGUGAAAGGGAUGAAAGACCGAUAUUCGCUGCGCGGGUUUGACCACGUACCGAUGCCGGAUAUUGAAGAUGCAAUUGUCGGAGAUGUCACUGACUUCAACACCGUGCUAAAAGCCACUCAGGACAUGGAAGCUGUGAUUCACCUCGCAGGCAAUCCCUCCGGAGGCGCGCCGUGGGAAGACAUCCUCCAGAAUAACAUUAUCGGCACCUACAAUGUCUUUGAAGCCGCACGGCAAAACGGUGUCCGUCGCAUCGCCUUUGCCAGUCGUGCUGGACUGCUCGCGCCCUAUCCAAAAGACAUCAUGCGGACGGUUGAUAUGACCCCUCGACCGGAGACCUACUACUCAAUCAGCAAGGUCUUCGGAGAGAGUCUGGGGUAUAUGUACUCAGCCCGGUUUGACAUGGAAUUUGUUGCAGUUCGGAUUGGCAAUUUCAAGCGAGAUCGCGACCUCCCUACACACCCCAUCAACUGA